GGUUUGUGUUUGCAGGCUGAUCUGAAGGGAGGAGGAGCUUUGGAGAGAAGUUUGUGGAGGAAACAAUCUUCCGCAGUUUUUCAUGUAGCACAAUCAACAAGUGGCAGCGGUGAAGCGGUACAGGAAGAGCUGAUGUGAUGGAAAUCCCUGCCAUUAAUCUAAAGGCCAUAGUACUGGUGCACUGGCUGCUUACAGUAUGGGGAUGCAUGGCGUGGCUUCCCACCUCCUAUGCCUGGGUGAACUUCAGUGUGUUUGCUAUCGGGGUGUGGGCCAUUGCACAGAGGGACUCCAUCGAUGCCGUGCUCAUGUUCCUGGUUGGGAUGUUCGUGACGAUAGUGACCGACAUCGUCCAUUUCGGCAUCUUUUACCCGAUAAAUGAUUUUGCUGCAGAGAGUGGAAGGCACGUGUUUCGCUUCAGCGCAGGAAUGGCCAUCCUCAGCUUGCUGCUUAAACCUGCGUCCUGCUUCUUCGUCUACCAAAUGUACCGCGAGCGUGGAGGAGAUUACAACGUUAACUUUGACUUUGAGACCUCUGUGGACAGUCGAUGCACUACGGAUAGUGCUGACAGUGCAUUUAUUGGCCGCCGCUAUUGAUUCCUGGCUUCUUCCUUUU